AUUUCGACUUCAACAACUACAUAUAUAAAUAAAAAUAACCUUUAAGCGGCCUUUUAAUUUGGAACUACAAAAAUCAUAAUCAAUUUGAAGCAAGCAUGAUGAGAUCAGAGCCUCGCCUUUGGCCGAUCUUUAUCCUUAUAAUAGGACUAACAGCUGGUGAAAGUGUUGCUGUCGAUUGUCCUGUGAAGUGCAAAUGCCUUGAGUUUUAUCCGCUCUUUUAUGCUGACUGUACCUACGGAGAACUAAGUGAAUAUCCCAACUUUGACAGUGUAGCUGUCACUGAAUUGUUCUUGUCGGGCAACAAGUUCAAGGUGUUUCCUCGACAGUACUCAAAUUUGAAGAACCUAUCCAAACUGUCACUAGACAACAAUCAUAUAGAUAAAUUGGGCGUGGAUGCACUAAAAGGUUUCAAUUCACUAGUGUCUUUGUUAUUGGAUAAUAACCGAAUAACCAGCUGGGAAGACAUUAAUGCCAGUGUUUCCAUUACAAAAGCACCACAACUGAGUUCUCUCAGUCUACGUGGCAAUCGUUUAGGCAGCUUUAAUCAGCAACUUUUUAGCGAAUCACUUGAAACGUUGGAUAUCUCAGAGUGCCACAUCAGCACAGCGAACCUCAAUUUUAAUGAUCAGCUGCCAAAACUCACAAGAUUGUGGAUGGCCAAUAAUAACUUGUCUCAACUGGAUAUAUUAGGACUUAACGAACUUGAUAAAACUGAUUAUCCAUCCAUUGGAUACUUAGACUUGUCGGGCAACAGGUUUAAUGAGUUUCCCCGGAAUUUCUCAAAUAUUAAGGAUCUUUGGUAUUUGGAUCUAUCUAACAAUCAUAUAGAUAAACUUGACAGCAAUGCACUUAAAGGUUUUUACUCAUUAAGAAAUUUAAUGUUGGCCAAUAACUUAAUAACCAGCUGGGAAGAUAUUAAUGCCAGUGUUUCCUUUACAAAAGCGCCACAACUGGAGACUCUCAGUCUACGUGGCAAUCGUUUAGGCAGCUUUAAUCAGCAACUUUUUAGCGAAACACUGGAAACGUUGGAUAUCUCAGAUUGCCACAUUAGCAAUGUAAAUUUCGAUUUUAUAAAUCAACUUCCAAGACUCCAAGAUUUAUCGAUGGCCAAUACUAACUUGUCGCAAAUAAAACAAUUACCCCAUAUAUGGAGACUAGAUCUCAGUAAUUGUAGCCUACAACAAAUAGAUUUGUCUUUUUCGUAUUAUAAAUUAAAUCUAUCACAUAAUCCGGCACUGCAGCUUAACUUCAAUGAUAUGGAUUUCGAGGAAUAUUUGGAGCUGGACUUGUCCUACUGUAAUCUGGAUAAGAUAGAUUUCAGUAGACUCCGAAAACUCCACAAAGCUCAUCUACAAGGCAACGCUUUGGAAUCUAUUAAUGCAAACACCUUCGCUAAUAAUAUAGAAUUGAGUUUGCUGGAUCUGUCUGAAAAUAGUAUAAGUGUUAUAGAAAACAAUAGCUUUAAUUCCCUGAUUAAUCUCUAUAAUCUAAAUCUGGCUAAUAAUAAGAUUGUCCAUUUGAAUGAGAACCUUAUAAGUGGCAGUGAAAGCCUAGCUGAACUGAACUUAAGUCACAACAAAAUUCAGAAGCUGACGAAGAUCAUCUCCAACUCCGUAGAAUACAUCAACAUGAGCUGGUGUAAUAUAAGCACAAUUGAGAUUAAUGCCCUCUCAAAUCUGUCUGUUAUCGAGGUCUUAGAUCUCUCUCAUAAUUUGAUUAAUAAUAUUCCUAAUGAGUUCGAAUCUAAUACUCUGACGGCGCUGAUUUUGUCCAACUGCAGACUUUCGUCCAUACGACACAAUAGUUUUCAAGGUUUUCCCAAAUUGACCCAUUUGUUGUUGGAUGGCAAUCGAUUGACGAGUCCGAUAGACUCUUCCUAUUUUCGGAACAACCCGUCACUGGAAUAUAUCUAUCUAGCCGAUAAUAUCUGGACAUGCGAUGGCCAAUAUCCCUCAUUCCCUGGACUUCACGAAGUCCAAAAGCCUAAGAUAAUGGACUAUGAUCAUCUGCGCUGCAUUUCUUCAAAAGCAAUAGGAAUUAGGUCUUUAUCUGGACCAUUAAUUUCUAAAUAUGCUUUACUCUUACUUAUCAUUUAUCACUUUGCACUUUAUUAAUUUUGGGAAACAAAAUUUUCAUUUUCAAA